AUGGAGAGAAUAGUAUUGUCUCUUAUAGUCGUUCUAUUUCUCAUGGUUUGUUUUUCAUUUGGUGAUCCACUUUGCUCUUCUCAUGAUUCCCUUGCACUUUUACAGUUUAAGCAUUCACUUAACGCGACAGGCGACCAUCAAUAUAAUUGCCCAAAUUAUUUUUAUGAUAAGACGACGUCUUGGAAUAUGAGUAGUAUGGAUUGUUGUAGGUGGGAUGGAAUUACCUGCGAUGGCUUCACUGGUCAUGUCAUUGGUUUGGACUUGAGUUGCAGCAGACUUGAAGGAACUAUACAUCCUAAUAGUAGCCUUUUCCAGCUUCGUCAUCUUCAAACACUCGAUCUUUCCGCUAAUGACUUUUCAGGUUCUCAAUUUCCACAGGGGAUUGGUCAGUUGUUUAACUGGAGCAGUAGUACUCAUUCACUAAGGGAGUUAGAUCUCUCUUUUAAUAAUGUUUCUGGAGGGAUACUCCAUUCACUCGGAACUACUACUCUCAAAGCCUUAAAGAUUCUACGACUUUCUGGGUGCAACCUUGCCGGACCAUUUCCAGAAUUCAUUGGGAACCUUUCACAGAUCACCCAACUACAUCUUUCAGACAACAACUUGGAUGGCAAAAUUCCAGACGUUUUUUCCAACUUGCAAUUGCUUACAUCCUUGUCACUGGAGAACAACAACUUCACUGGCCGGUUCCCAUCUUCUCUUGUGGAUUUUACUAACCUUCAAGUUUUAAGGUUGAGAGACAAUUCACUCAGUGGUACACUUCCCGAGUUUGAGAUCAACUCUCUAAAAACACUUGAUUUGUCUCGUAAUCAAUUCUCUGGUCCCAUACCUCAAUCGCUUAGACAUCUUCUCAACCUAACUGUUGUCUUUCUUGGACAAAAUAAGUUGAGCGGCGAGAUUGGAGCAGAAAUGUUUUCAAGCAUGACAAACCUCUCAAUUCUUGAUCUUUCUAAUAGUGGUUUAUCAUGGAGUGGCAAUAUCAACACCACUUUUCCCCUUCUUUCUUAUUUAGCUUUACGCUCUUGUCGUGUGAAAGACUUCCCAGAUUUCAUAUUCAACUCUAAGAAGUUAUGGAUUUUGGAUCUCUCGGAGAAUGAAAUUCACGGGCAAUUCCCUAAAUGGUUUGGGGGUUUGAGUGCAUUGGCAAACCUUAACCUCUCUCACAACUACUUUACAAGCUUAGACCAUAUACCUUGGGAGAGAAUGACGAUACUUGAUCUUCAAUCAAAUUCACUCGGUGGACCUUUGCCAUCUCCCAUUUGCACAUCAACUUCACUUUAUAUGAUAAAUUUGUCUUACAAUAAUUUGAGUUCCGAAAUUCCCAAUUGCUUGUUUACUUCUUCCUUGCUCAAGGUCUUAGACUUACGAGCUAAUAACUUCCAUGGACCCAUCCCAAACAAAUUCCCAAAGUAUAGUAGACUAGUGCAUAUUAAUUUGAGCAAAAACAAAUUGGUAGGUCCCAUACCAACAUCACUAGUCAACUGUACAUCCUUAAGAGUCCUUGAUUUGGGAAACAAUAAAAUCCAAUCUACAUUUCCCACCUGGCUGGAAACAUUGCAAGAGUUAGAGGCUCUCAUACUGAAAUCUAAUAGAUUUUACGGACCCAUCGUUGCUUUUAAAACAAAAUCGCCAUUUCCAAAUAUGAGGAUCUUUGACCUCUCCGGCAAUUCAUUUACAGGCUCUUUACCUAUGGAGGUUCUAAAAGGUUUCAAAGCUAUGAUGUACAUGGAUGCACACAAAUCAGGAGUGGAGUACUAUGUCGAGAAAACUAUGAGUUUCGGAAGUUACUUAGUCGAUGAGCUUUUAUAUACAGGAUUGUAUGUGGAAUCGGUGAUAUUGGUGAUGAAAAAUCAAGAGACUAAAUUCAACAAAAUCUUGAAGAUGUUCACUACAAUCGAUUUAUCAAGGAACAAGUUUGAGGGAGAAAUCCCGAAGUUCAUUGGGAAUUUUAAUUCACUUCUGCUGCUGAAUUUAUCUCACAACAACCUCACUGGGCAUAUUCCUAUUGAAAUGAAGAACAUGAGCACUCUUGAAGCUUUGGACCUUUCAUUUAACCAUCUUACCGGUAAAAUUCCAGUGGAAUUGGCACGUCUCACAUUUCUUGCGGUCCUAAAUCUGUCACACAACCAUCUUGUUGGACCUAUUCCUCAGAGUAAUCAGUUCAAUAAGUUUUCAAAUGAUUCCUAUUUAGGAAACUCUGAAUUGUGUGGAUUUCCACUGUCAAAUGAAUGUGGGCAUCAUAAGAGUGCAUCAGUACCAGUUGAACAGGAAGAAGAUGAACCAAGUUUUCUUAGCGAAAUGACUUGGCAGUCUGUGCUAAUUGGUUAUGGUUGUGGCUUGACUUUUGGUUUUGGCAUAGUGUAUCUCAUAUACCUCUUUGAAAGGCCAAGAUGGUGCAUAGACUCUUUUGAAACUAUCACUCGGGAAAUGAUAUACAUAGUACUGAGGGCACAAUCGAUGAUAUUAGUGAUGAAAAAUCAAGAGAUUGAAUUCAACAAGAUGUUGAAGAUCUUCACAACAAUCGAUUUGUCAAGGAACAAGUUUGAAGGAGAAAUCCCUAAAUUCAUUGGGAACUUGAAUUCACUUCUGCUGCUGAAUUUAUCUCAUAACAACCUCACUGGGCACAUUCCUGUUGAAAUGAGGAACAUGAGCACUCUUGAAGCUUUGGACCUUUCAUUUAACCAUCUUAUCGGCAAAAUUCCAGUGGAGUUGGCAAGUCUCACAUUUCUGGCGGUCCUAAAUCUGUCACACAACCAUCUCGUUGGACCUAAUCAGCUCAAUACGUUUCAAAAUGAUUCCUAUUUCGGAAACUCUGAAUUGUGUGGAUUUCCACUGUCAAAUGAAUGUGGGAAGCAUAAGAGUGCAUCAGUACCAGUAUCAUCGGUUGAACAAUAA